GUGGUGAUCUGUUCGGCUUAUGGCUCGACGAGAGUACAGCUGUGGUUCAAUUUGUUCUCGGACCUGGCAAAGAUUGUUGCAGGACAACAACAUCGUUCUUUCAAGAUAUUUCCUAUCUGCAAGACACCGGAAGCUAUUUCACAAAACAGCACGGACUUUGCAACAUUGGUCAAUGGCAUAGUCAUCACGAAAUACCGUUGCUUGAACCGAGUGCUGGUGAUAACAAUACUGUGUGGAGUAACAUGCCUACAUUAGGUAUUUAACUAUGUUUCUGUAGAGAGAACAGUUUAGAACUUUUAGUUUAGGUUUCCUCCUGCAUAGUAACACAAGACAAAUACACGUUUAAAUGAAAGACCCCAACUUGGCCGCUAGGGAAAAGAGUUUAAAUUAAGCUCUUUAAUACUUACAGGUAUGGAGAGAUACAUUGUAUUCAUCGCAAAUAUAAAAGACUCUGACGUCACAGUGAAUGGCUUUCUGUUCGAGAUUGAAAAUGGUCGAAAGCUUCCAGUUAAAAAAGGCUGUCCUGUCGAGCUUCAAGGAGAAAGCCCCUUGCGUUUGAACAAUGCCGUGAUGAAAAUCGUCAGGAUUGGAGCCGAGAGCUUGAACAAGAACAACCAAGUGCAUCGGCCUAUAGAAGGGAACUCUGGUCAAAACGAAACUGAAAGCACAGAGAUAGUCGAUGAAGGAAUCCAUGGAGAGAAUGGAAUGUGUGAUACUCCAAGUAUUGAUGACAGAGAUAAGACAGUUUCUGCUAGUACGAGUGCCUCCGAAAGCAAGGAGAUAGUUGAUAACAGUGGAAGAGAGAACAGCAACAACGCUAUCAACGACGACAACAGCAACAACAAAGACAACAUCAGCCGCCAAAACAACAACAACGAGGACAACAAUGUUGAUAACAAUAAUGAUAACAACGAUAUCAAAAUCAAUGGCGACAACAACGACAACAAAAACAUCAGCGACAAUAACAACCACCACAACAACAAGAACAGUAACAACAGCAACAACACAGACAACAACAGCAGCGGCUACACUACGAACAACAACAAUAGCAAACAAAACAACAGUAAAAACACCAUUCCUAUCACCAACAUCACCACCACCAACAACGAAAGUAAAACAGAACAGGAACAAGAAAAAACAGGCACACAAACCAAAUUACCCGGAACUCCAGCUACGAGCGGUGGGACUGCUUCUAAACUACCUUCUUCCGCGCUAUUAGGAUUGAAUGACAUGUUGCAAACCCCAUCCAACAAGAAACACCCAAACGAGCCCCAACAAGUUACAACCGAGCAACAAUCUAACAGAGCAGGUGUUACCCCCUCAGAUGAGUCUGCUCCGCUGAACGAUAAGGGAACACAAGAAACGGAACCAGGAAAUGACAAGUCAGUAUUACAUCGCAACAACAAGGGCAGCACCACAAACAACAAUAGCAAACACAACAACAGUAACACCACCACUCCCACUACCGCUAACAAUAACAACAGCAGCAACAACAUCAUCACGAACAACAAUACCAAACAAAACAACAGUAACAACAGCAACAACACCACCGUUAACAACAACAACAUCGCAAUCAACAACAACAGCAAACAAACCAACAGUAACAACACCACUCCCAUCACUGUAAACAACAACAACAACAGCGACAACAAUAACACCACCACCACAGACAAGAACAACACCAACAACAGAAAUAACACAGACAACAACAACAACAGAAAUAACACAGACAACAACAACAACAACAACAACAACAACAACAACAACAACAACAACAACAACAACAACAACAACAAUAAAAACAACAACACAGACAACAACAACAGCAACGACAACAACGAAAGUAAAACAGGACAGGAAGAGGAAAAAGCAGGCUCACGAAUCGAAUUAGAAGGAACUCCAGUUAAGGGUGGUUGGACUGCUUUUAAACUACCUGGAAAUUCUUCCUCGCUUUCAUCAACGAGAGAUUUGAAAAGUACAUGUAAUUCAAGUAAAAAUAAAUUGCAAACCCCAUCCAACGAGGAACACUCAAACGAGCCCCAACAACAAGUUACAAUCGAGCAACAACCUCACAGAGCAAGUUUAACAAGAACCAAAUUAUCCGGAACUCCAGUUGAGGGCGGUGGAACUGCUUUUGAAAUACCUGCACAACAACAUAACGGAGGAAGUCACUAUGAUAAUAUUACCCCAGAUCAGCCCGCUCCGCAUGAUAAGGAAAGAGGAGAAACAGAACCAGGACAUGGCAAGUCAGUAGUAAUACAUCAGCCUGAAUUGCAAAACGAAAAUUCGAUGGUAAAUGCGAGCAGUGAAAAGGAUAAUCCAUCUAAUCAGGAGGACAGUAACACAAAUUUGUCUAGUAGUGUACGGAAGAGGCGCCGAAUGUGUUUCUCAUGCGGAUUGUGUUUCUUACGCAGUUCUUAG